CCGGGCGCUGGGUCUGGGGCCGCGGGUGGACCGCUGGGGCCGCCUCUCCCGACCUGCCCUAGGCCUUCGGGGCCGGGUGGGGCCUCCGCUGGGCUCCCAAGGCCCAGAGCGCCUGUCCUGGAAGCCGUCGGGCUGCGCGGGGUCUGGCCUUUAGUCCCCGCUGCUGCGCAGUGGGGUCGAGUGCGGCCGGCGCAGGAGUCAGCCUCGCCGGGCUCCAGCUCUGUACCCGGCGCGUGCUGGCGUGGGACAGGAUGGUGAGGGGCGGAUGCUGAGUGUUCGUACAAAGCUGGAAACCUGAUGUGCCCUGGGGCUGGUGACAGAUUGGCCAUUCUCAUGCUACGGGGCGUGGAGUGCUGGACCUGCCAACACCCAGGGUGCAUAUGGAACUGGUGUGGCCAGCUGGCAAGGUUAUGAAAACUACAAUUACUACGGCGCCCAGAACACCAGUGUCACCACAGGCGCAACCUACAGCUACGGCCCAGCCUCGUGGGAGGCCACCAAGGCCAACGAUGGCAGCCUGGCGGCGGGGGGCCCUGCCGUGCACAUGGCCUCUUAUGGCCCAGAGCCGUGCACCGACAAUUCUGACUCCCUCAUUGCCAAGAUCAACCAGCGUUUGGACAUGAUGUCCAAGGAAGGAGGCAGGGGCGGGAGCGGCGGCGGUGGGGAGGGCAUGCAGGACCGGGAGAGCUCCUUCCGCUUCCAGCCGUUCGAGUCCUAUGACUCCAGGCCUUGCCUGCCCGAGCAAAACCCCUACCGCCCCAGCUACAGCUAUGACUAUGACUUCGACCUGGGGUCCGACCGCAAUGGCAGCUUUGGGGGGCAGUACAGUGAAUGCCGGGACCCAGCCCGGGAGCGGGGCUCCCUUGAUGGCUUCAUGAGAGGCCGGGGCCAGGGCCGCUUCCAGGACCGGAGCAACCCUGGCGCCUUCAUGCGCAGUGACCCCUUCGUACCCCCCGCUGCGUCCUCUGAGCCCCUGUCCACGCCUUGGAACGAGCUGAACUACGUGGGUGGACGGGGCCUGGGAGGGCCCUCCCCCAGCCGGCCGCCUCCGUCCCUCUUCUCCCAGUCCAUGGCUCCCGACUACGGCGUGAUGGGCAUGCAGGCGGCAGGCGGCUAUGACAGCACCAUGCCCUACGGAUGUGGCCGCUCGCAGCCUCGGAUGCGGGAUCGGCCCAAGAGGAGAGGGUUUGACCGCUUCGGACCAGAUGGCACGGGCAGGAAACGGAAGCACUUCCAACUUUACGAGGAGCCAGAUACCAAACUGGCCCGGGUUGACAGUGAAGGAGAUUUCUCCGAAAAUGAUGACGCAGCUGGUGACUUCCGCUCGGGAGAUGAAGAAUUCAAGGGUGAGGAUGAAUUCUGCGACUCUGGGAGGCAGAGAGGAGAGAAGGAUGACGAGGACGAGGAUGUGAAGAAGAGAAGGGAAAAGCAAAGGAGAAGAGACAGGACACGGGACCGUGCAGCCGACAGAAUUCAGUUUGCCUGUUCUGUGUGCAAGUUCCGUAGCUUUGACGAUGAAGAGAUCCAGAAGCAUCUGCAAAGCAAAUUCCACAAAGAGACACUGCGGUUCAUAAGCACCAAGCUGCCUGACAAGACAGUGGAGUUCCUGCAGGAAUACAUUGUAAACAGAAAUAAGAAAAUUGAGAAGCGGCGUCAGGAAUUGAUGGAGAAAGAAACUGUGAAACCAAAACCAGAUCCUUUCAAAGGGAUUGGCCAGGAGCACUUCUUCAAGAAGAUCGAGGCUGCUCACUGCCUGGCCUGUGACAUGCUGAUUCCUGCACAGCCACAGCUCCUCCAGCGGCACCUGCACUCCGUGGACCACAAUCACAACCGCAGGUUGGCUGCUGAACAGUUCAAGAAAACCAGUCUCCAUGUGGCUAAGAGUGUUUUGAACAACAGACAUAUAGUGAAGAUGCUGGAAAAAUACCUCAAGGGUGAGGACCCUUUCACCAGUGAAACCGUUGAUCCAGAAAUGGAAGGAGAUGACAAUUUAGGAGGUGAGGAUAAGAAAGAGACACCUGAGGAGGUGGCCGCGGGCGUCUUAGCCGAGGUGAUUACAGCAGCGGUGAGGGCUGUAGAUGGGGAAGGAGCGCCUGCUCCAGAGAGCAACGGGGAGCCAGCUGAGGGCGAAGGCCCCAUGGACACAGCGGAGGCCAGUAGUGAUCCUCAAGCUGAACAGCUGCUGGAAGAGCAGGUGCCCUGCGGAACGGCCCCUGAGAAGGGCGUCCAUGAGGCCAGAAGCGAGGCUGCAGAGGCUGGAAAUGGCACCGAGACAAUGGGAGCAGAGGCAGAAAGUGCCCAAACCAGAGCUGCUCCUGCUCCAGCUGCCACAGAUGCCGAAGUGGAACAAACUGAUGCAGAGUCCAAAGAUGCUAUUCCCACAGAAUGAUGCGCAUUUCCCUGUUCCAGGGAAGGCACUGGGAUAAUGGAGGUGUUGCUCUUUCUCCCUUGGUCUAUAAGCAGUACAAGGGCGUGUGCUCCUGGAAUAUGCUGUCAACUAAUUUCGGUGAAGAGACCCAGCUGUUUCCUCCUGAGCAGUGCCUCUCACAGCUUGUCUUGUGCAGUCGUGUGGCUUCUUGCCCAGGUUUGAAAGAAGUACAUUGUCCUUAGCGGCUGUAACAUGUCUCUUGACACUGCACUUGGAAAUAAUAAAGGUUGGGUGAUUAUAUCUUGAUGAUACAUUACUUGUUCAAUAUAGACACUGAUGGAAUGCCUCUUUUUUUAUUUUAUUUUUUUCCUUAUUUUAUUUUCUCUUUUUUGGUUGGGAACAGCUCAACACUAGGAAUAUAUCUUGCUCUAUAGAGGAUUUUUGUUUGUUUCAAGCUUCAGCCUUUAACCUGUACCUCUGUAGUGCACCAUCUGGUGUGUGACUUUCACAGGACUCGGCAGCACCUGGUUCACAUGUGGCACCACGUCACAUCCACGCACUCUCAAAGGCCAGAAGAAUCUGACCGACCUACACCACUGGAAACACACGCACCUCAGCCUCAAGAACCAGACUGUGCAGGGGGCAUUGUGCCCCAAUCUUUAGUCCUUGCUGAAUCAGUUCUCUAAUAUUUUACCUCAUUUGUGUUCCACCUCUAGAUUACUUCAGUUUUUUUUUUCCUUUAAAAUUAGUUACUGCCACUCAAAUGCAUUUACAAAGAAAAUUUGGCCAGACUCAGUGGUGCAUGCCUAUAAUCCCAGCACUUUGGGAGGCCGAGGCGGGAGGAUAGCUUAAGCCCAGGAAUUCAAGACCAACCUGGACAAUAUAGCAAGACCCCACCUCUUUAGAAAAAAAAGAGAGAACUUGAUGUGAUUCCCAUAGAUGGAAUAAUCCAGCAUAAGUUGCCAUAGAUAGAAGCUAUCGGUUAAAAAAAUAAUAAAAUGAAGUACAUGUUUCAUUUUAGAGAAAUAACUAUUACUUUAGACCUUUCCGAAUCUGAGAAAGGGAGGCUAGCAUGUGUCAAGGUUAGCACACGACAGAAUUUCCUCAAAUCAGAAGAAUUGGAAGAUACCCCCACUUUUGAAAUGGCCCGCCUGUGUCGGUUUCCCUGUGGCCUUGUGAACUGUAUACAUCUCACAUGUUGGGAAACGCCACUGGGAAGUCAUUAGAAAGGAGGCAGUAAAAUGUUUGCUGAGCCUCUGCUGUAUACCAGGGGCUAACUCACCAUGCACAUCCUAGGAACUGGGCCCUGCUCAUGAGGAGCCUUAGUGGAGAUUCCAGGUGAAUAUUUAUUAAAAAGUCAACAAGAGAACUGAAAAUGGAAAUAAACUGCUUGAUAAGAC